AUGGCCUUUAACCCGAAAUUCUGGGACACCAAGGCUCUCAUCACUUACAACGAAGACGCACACAUGAUCCGUGUGACAGUUCCAACCUGUUCAAGUCUUUACAGUAUUGAGCCAGGCACAUUCUACUAUAUCAUGGUGCUCAAUCAACGGAACUUUUGGGAAAGCCAUCCUUUCACAGUAGCGACUAUCUCGGGAUCCGGUCGAUGCGACACAGAUACUUUAGAAGAAGACGCACCGCUGCUGAACCAUGGAUCCUCUGGUGAAGUGGGACCUGCAUCCGGGAAGUCCCAACGAGAAAUGACCUUCUUGAUUCGGCCAUAUGAUAGCUUCACUUCGCGACUAAGGGCGUAUGCCGAAGAAGAACGACCGAAACCGGCGACGGCCCGUGUGGCUAUUGACGGCCCGUACGGAAAGACUCUGCCUCUUCAAGGCUUCGAAAAAGCUCUAUUCAUCGUCGGUGGAAGCGGAAUAGCGGUCCCGUUGUCAUAUCUUCACAAACUCGCGACACUCUCGAGCAAGCCAUCAAGGAUCGAAGUACACUGGGCUGUGCGACAGUCAGCCUUCGCCGUUGAUGUUCUGAACACUGACUUGAGUGAUAUUCUUGGUAACGAUCGGGUAGAGAUUAACAUCUAUCUGACAGCCGGCGAUGUUGAUGGCAGAAUAGCAUGCGAUGAAACCAUAUACCGACUCGCGGAAUGGAGGUCCAAGCGAUUGAACGUCGAAGAGAUUAUUGACGGAGCAUUGGAGGAUGACUAUGAAGGAAGCAUCGCAGUAGUCACAAGCGGCCCUGCCAAGAUGGCCGAUGAAAGCAGAUGCGUGGUGGCGGCAAGGACAGUGCCAUCGUUGCCGCCUAUUGAGUAUUUUGAGGAAAGCUUCCAGUGGUGA